AUGCUCCACAAGUGUGCGGCCAAUACCGAGUUUGAGCUGAUCGGGUACGGUGCACCCUGUACCAUCACAGAAAUGCUCCUAACUAAUGAAUGCGGAAGCGUUUUGCUUAGUAAAAUCAACCCAUUAAAUACUCCGUUCGAUAUGGGAUUGCUUUCCUCUGCACUUAUGCUUGUUUGUGAAUGGGGUGAUGCUACUCGUGGUUUACAAAUGUCCACUGCAAAACGGGCCAUACUCAAACUGGGUACUAAACCAAUUCACGCAAAGAACUGGCGUCCGCAGAUUUUAGUCUACAUACAGCUAGAUAACGAGCUCCAAGUUCUUCAUGAUCGUCUGUUAGAUUUGGCUUACCAACUAAAGGCCGGACAUGGGUUAACGUUGAUCGCGGCUAUUCUCGAGGGCGAUAUACUCGAACGUCGAGAAGACGCUAAUACUGCUAAGGCAAAACUGAGCGAACUGAUUCAACAGUAUCGAAUCAAAGGUCUGGCGGAGGUUCUUGUCUCAAGCAGCGUCGGUGAAGGAAUGCGUAACAUGGCUCAGUGUGCUGGCCUAGGCAAUCUGCGCCACAACACAAUCAUGGUCUCAUUCCCAGAGGACUGGCGCGCGGAUUGCGAACGAAACGGUCAGAAAUUGCAUCAGUUUUUGUCUACUGUGAAAGCUGCACAAGCCUGUGAUGUGGCCAUGAUUGUUCCCAAGGGCAUCGACUCAUUUCCCAAGAGUAAGGCUACUCAAAUGCAAGGGAGUGUGGAUGUGUGGUGUAUUGUGCACGAUGGUGGUCUACUUCUACUGACCUCCUAUUUGCUCAUGCGAAAUCGUGUAUGGCGUCAAUGUCAGCUGCGCGUGUUUGUGGUGGCCAACGAGACAGAUGACACUGUCAGUUUGAAACGCGAUAUGACGAAAUUCAUGUAUGAUCUGCGUAUCAACGCCGAAGUCGAAGUGGUGGCUCUGAGCACAGAUGAUAUUUCUGCGUAUGUGGCACAACGCACAGCUAACAUUGAACAGCGUCGUCUUAUGUUGAUGCAAAUGAAAUUGAAAAAUACCGAAGCCCGACUUGAUCCACAACAUAUUGUCGAUCAACACCGAAAGUCACUGGCAUCCAAUGAUCUGGCCGCUUCGGUGGAUGCUCUCAAAGCAGCUGAGGCUCCAAAGCGAAAGAAGAAGGGGUCGAUUUUCGGUUCCGGAUUCCAAUUUCUGUCCGGGAAGGAUCAAGAUGCAUCUGAGGAGCAUGCGAACGGCCGAACCCCGGAUUCUGGCCUUACCAACUCAACUUCGGAUGAUGUGCAUCGUGAUCUGCUAGCUGCUGAUCGAGCACCCGGCAAACCAGCUGAGGAGGGAAUACAGCAUCAGUGCAGUGUGUCAUUUGCCGCUGGACCAGGUCCGGCAGCCGCAGCACGUGAAAAGGGUGAUGCCAAUGGGCUCGAAUCAGCUGAAGAUGGUCAAAAUAGAAAAAUGAACGAGUUCACUUUCUCACCCUCACACCCGCUCGCUGCAGCCGCACGAAAGGCUGUCGGUGAAAAUGCUGCAGGGAAGAAUCACGUCAAUCCGCACACUCCCAGCCGAAUGUCUGAAAAUCAACGCAAAUUACACUCAGCUACAAGAUUAAACGAGCUCCUACAGAAUCAUUCAAGUGAAGCUGCUUUGGUCAUUGUGAAUAUGCCCACACCUUCGCGCUCCGAGGCGAGUGAAUAUUACUACAUGGAUUAUAUUGAAGUUUUGACCGAGGGUCUCUCUCGCGUCUUACUGGUUCGUGGUACCGGACGUGAGGUGAUCACAGCAUUCUCUGAAUAG